AUGCUCGUAUCUCAACAGCCAUAUCAAUGGUCAAAUAAAACAGAUUCAUCUCUUACAAAUAAUUAUAAUCGACAACAAAAACUCGAUAAUCGAACAAAUAAUUCAGAAGGACGACCACUUUUAACAGGUCCUAUUCCAGCAACACCAGACUAUGAGUAUGAUACUCGUGCUACCAGUGCACCAUGUGGUUCUCAUGGUAUUCCUCGAGUUCAUGGUUCUGAUGCAAAAGAAAAUUAUAAACGAGCAACAAAUGGUACUGGUGUUCAAUUUCUAUUUGAAGUUCAAGGAACAGGUCUUUUAACGACACAGGGAACAACAGCAAAACCACCUAAAAAUCAUUUAAAUGAAAAUGUCAAAAGAAUUCGACAUGUAAUGCGAGAAUCACGACAAAGACAAAUAAAUAAAGAACAAAAUAAACCAAUACCUGUUAAAGCACUUUGGCAUUCUAAACAAUAUGAUCAUAUACAAUCAAAAGUUAAACAAAGAUUAGACGAAGAUACUCAUCGUUCAUUAUCUCGACCUCAAUCAGUUCGAAGUAAUUUUCUUCAUGCACAUGAAAAUACUGGACCACAAUUUCUUCGAUCACAAUCUGUAUCUAGUUCACGUCGAGGAUCAAUAGCUUCAUCUGUUGAUUUAAGUACAGCACAUAUAGAUGAUAAAUUAAAACCUGAUUAUGUAAGAAUAAAUUCACAAUAUGUAAAAACUAUUCCAAAAGUACGUAAAACAAUGAGUGAAGAAAUUGUUGAACAAGUACGAGCAAAAAAAGAACAACAAUUAAAACAUUAUUAUGAAAAACAAAAAGGACGUGUACCUGAUUAUAUUGAAAAAGAAAAAGAAGAACGAGCACGAGAAAUCGAAUAUGAACAUGUUAAUGCACCCGAUCCAGAUUGUCCUAUUGGUCAUGUCAAGAUUGAUGAUGAUAGACGUUUAUCAACAUUACGACAACUUGAACUAAAUCGAGCUGAAUUUGAAAAAAAAUUAAGUCAUUUACCUAUUCGUAAUGAUUCAUUAACACUUCGACGAACAAAAGAAGAAAUUGAAAAGAAAAUUAUUGAAUUAGAUGAAGCUAUUAAAAUUUUUUCUAAACCAAAAGUAUUUGCUAAACUUGAAGAAUGA